AUCGAAGAGGGCCGCACCACUGCCUUCGCUUGUUAUUUGUAACACUCUUCCAAAGCUCUAUCCACUUCCAAAAACAACACCUUUCUAGCUCAAAUUACUCAAACUAAUGGCUCCAUCACUUGCAGAACCAUUCAGUGAUUCUUCAGCUCUCACUGAUUUCGUUAUUAACAAAGGUAAUGGAGUGAAGGGCUUGUCCGAAUUGGGACUUAGGGCCCUCCCUAAGCCAUAUAUCCAACCUUUGGAAGAAAGGAUGUGCAUGACCAACAUCAUUCCCCAAGAAUCCAUUCCCAUCAUUGAUAUGUCAAAUUGGGAAGACCCCCAAGUGGCCAAAUCGAUUCGUGAUGCUGCCUCGAAAUGGGGCUUCUUCCAGAUUAUUAACCAUGAUGUGCCUCUUGAAGUGCUAGAGAAUGUUAAAGACGCAACUUACAAGUUCUUUGGGCUACCGGCUGUGGAAAAAAAUAAGUAUUCCAAGGAACACUCGUCUUCAAAUAAUGUACGCUUUGGCACAAGUUUUAGCCCUCAAGCGGAAAAAGCUCUCGAGUGGAAAGAUUACCUUAGCUUGUUUUACGUCUCCGAAGAAGAGGCGUCUGCAUUGUGGCCUCCUGCUUGCAGGGAACAAGUACUAGAUUACAUGAGGAAGUCUGAAGUUGUUAUUAAACAGUUAUUACAGGUGCUAAUGAAGGGUCUCAACGUGAAUGAGAUCGAUCAAACAAAAGAAUCAUUAUUGAUGGGUUCAGUGAGGACUAACCUUAAUUACUAUCCUAUCUGUCCUAAUCCAGAACUCACAGUUGGAGUAGGGCGUCACUCCGAUGUCUCAACUCUUACAAUUCUUCUUCAAGAUGAAAUCGGGGGACUCUUUGUAAGAGGUAAUCAGGGUGAUAACUGGAUUCAUGUUCCUCCAAUUAAAGGUUCUAUUGUGAUCAAUGUUGGAGAUGCAUUGCAAAUAUUGAGCAAUGGCCGGUACAGGAGUGUUGAACAUCGUGUGGUCGCCAAUGGAAGUAAGAACAGAAUUUCUGUCCCGAUUUUUGUCAAUCCAAGGCCUAGUGAUAUGAUCGGUCCUUUACCUGAAUUGAUUGAAAGCGGUGAGAAACCAAUUUAUAAGCAAGUUUUGUAUUCAGAUUACGUGAAACAUUUCUUCCGUAAGGCACAUGACGGGAAGAAGACGGUUGCAUUUGCUGAGUUGUAAACAAUCAUUCUUUUUCCUUCAUUAAUUUACUGUAAGUUUAAUUUGCUGAGGAAAACGGCAGAUAAGAA